AGGACAUUUUCUGAAAAGAAGUUUAAAACCAAAGGAUGAUCAAACUAGAAAGGUGAGGCCAGAUUGUAACAUCAAAAGCUGCAUUUUUAUAAUCAUCCGUUGCCCAUGGUUAUAACCAUACACUUCAAAUCAAAUACAUCGAAGACCUAAAAUGUAAUACGUGAUGAAAGAGAGACACUCGAAAAAGCCAUUUGACCGAUAAAAAGGAAUAAAUAUGAGAAUAGAAAAGGAAAAAUGGAUGAAAAUUCAAAUUAGUUGGAAUAAGAAUAAAACAAAGUAAGUAUUGUUAUCAGAAAAUCAAACUUUUGUCGUUACGAUUUUUGAUUUGACCUUGAUGGUAUAAAUUACUUGUUUUCAAUUUGAAAUCUGUCAGCUGUCGGAAAUCUUAACGUUACGAACGAAAACACAAUCUAGGUGAGUACAAAGGGAUAUGACAUAUCUAAUACAUCCUCUACCAUUUUCUGAUCCAUGAUUUGUAGUAGUUCUUGGAACUUGAGAACACCUAUCAUCAGAGAAAAUCUGGGCUAUGGCGCAUUUGCCCAGCGAUCCCACCGUAGAGCGGCAUUUCAAAGGACACAAAAAUGGAGUAACUGGCAUCUGCUUCCAUCCUGGAACACAGCAGAUCGCAUCUAGCAGUUUAGACCAUACUUUGAUGGUAUGGAACUUCAACCAAUCUGUCAGAGCGUUCAGAUUUCUGGCUCACAAGGAUGUGGUUCUUGAUGUGGCUUAUGCUCCAUCUGGAGAAAUCGUAGUCAGUUCUUCUAGGGACCGUUCGGUGAGACUAUGGAUUCCUACAGUUAGGGGAGAAUCUUUAGAUUUUAGAGGACACAUGGGCGCCGUAAGGUCCGUAAGGUUUAGCCCUGAUGGUGAAAAGCUAGUAACAGCCUCAGAUGACAAGAGCGUUAAGAUGUGGAUGGUUUGUCGGAGAAGAUUUUUGAUGUCAUUCACCGAACACACCAAUUGGGUUCGGUCUGCUAAGUUUUCACCGGAUGGUAGACUGAUUGUGUCUUGUAGUGAUGAUAAAACUAUCAAAUUGUGGGAUGUUGCCAGUGGAAAGUGUGUUAAGACUUUCCACGAAAUUAAGGGACCAGCUGUGGAUGUUGAGUUUCACCCUAGUGGAGCUGCUCUGGGAUCAGCUAAUGUUGGCGGUGCUGUGAAACUGUACGAUUUAAGAACUGCGAGAUUACAACAGCAUUAUGCUGUUCAUACCGGACCAGUUAACAAAGCUACGUUUCAUCCUAAUGGAAAUUUCAUUCUUUGUGCAUCUGAGGAUUCUACUAUGAAGGUCCUCGAUUUACUCGAGGGUCGUCCUAUUUACACACUGAAGGCACAUAAAGAAGGAGUAACGGCAGUAGCGUUUUCGAUCGACGGCGAAUUCUUUGCUUCCGGUGGUACAGAUCGCCAGCUGUUGAUUUGGAAAUCAAACUUUGAUAGAGAUGAUAAAGCGAGAAAGACGCCACGACUCCUCAUACCACCUGGAGCUAAACUGAAACUAGAUGUAAAAGCUGCGGAUGAUGAUCUGAGACGAGAGGAAACGGAAGAAAACGAAGAAGAAGAAGAACAAGAGCGAGUUCAGUACGAGUCCGAUUCCGUGGCAGACUUUGAGGAUGACGAAACUGUGGAUAAAGGAGGUGCUUGCAGAGGACCACUUGCUAGUAUUUCAAGAGACCGCGAGGACGUCGAGGUGAUAAAUAUGAGAUUAAAACGACCAGCGGAGGUUGGUCACAUAGCUGAUCUUCCACUGUGCCAGCAUGGGACUCGUCCUGGUAGUGAGUCUCCUAGCCGAAGCAGCGCAGUAGUAGAAGCGCUGAGCGGACAAGUAGAAUCUUUACGUAACACCAUCGUUCUCAUGGAGGAGCGUUUGGGAAUGGUGGAAAGAGAGCUGGAGAAUUUGAUUUGAUCUCGUUCCAAGGUACAGUAUGAUCGUGAUGAGCAGAGAUAAAUUGUAAGGUGCCAAAUAAGUUAAGAAAUCAUCCCAGCAGGAUCGAAUCUCUUUUUUCGAUCACUAGCAAAUAUAUUUUUUAUAUAAUGUACGGGUAUUCCUACGCUCGAGAAGAAAUGGACGUCUACUAGAAGCUGGACCAAGUAAGUAUGAAUGUUAAAAUUCCUGUAUUGAGUCCCCCCAUGUCACUCCGAACUUGAUGGAUUCUACAUUUCAUUGUAAUGAGUAUUCCUAUUGUACUGGUCGUGUGUUGGUUUAUAUGACCUGGAUUAUUACUUCACAUGACAAUUUACAAUGAAACUGCUAGUCUAUAUGUGUUUUUGUAAAUGUGAUAAUAUUUAUUUGAUAACCAUUACAAUUUAAUACACGUAAAAUGUAAGAUAAUAAAGCGGUAAACAUGGAAAGUC